GAUGCUUUGCUGCAGCGUUACAGUUUCCGACACCUUCUUUUUAUAACUCGGCUCUGUCCCCCUCCACUCGACCUGUCAAAACCACGCCUAUGGAGCCACACAAUUGGUCCGAAAGCGUCAAAGAGCCAAUCAACUAGGCUGCAGCUCCCUUGCAACCCGCGACACAUCCAUACAAUCCGGCGCGAGGGCGAGCACAGACUCACAGGGAAUUCUCGGCGCGGAGAGGCUCGCUCCUCUCGUCCUCUCUCUUCCUUUCUCCCCCUUUCUCUCUCCCUCCCUCCCUCCCUCUCUCUCUCUUCCUCCUCUCUCCCCCUUUCUCUCUUCCUUCUCUCUCCCUGCCGGAGCGCGUCGGGGAGGAGGCGAGAGUGUCAUUCUUCGCCCUUUCUCUUCCCAAGGCAGAGGGAGAAGGGGAGGAAGGUUGCAAGAGCCGCGAUCUCUAUUGCGAUCGGGACACCUCCGCCGAGCCCCGCGCCGCCGCGGAGGGGGCCACGGAAGCGAGACUCCGCCGCAAGUGCUGGGGCUGCUGCCCGCUCCGCGGGGGCUGGAGACCGGGGGCUUCCCCCUCUUCGCGGAGGGCUCGGCUUCUUCGGUUUCCUGGUUGCCUCCCUUCCCUUCCCAGCCUCCGCUCUGCAGCCUGGCUCUCCGAGGGCGGGCGGAGGGUGGGGGAGAAGGCAGCCCCAAGAAUACAACCGCAGAGAGAAAAUCCACCUUCCAAGCUCCCGCGGCUGCAACAAGAGAAGAGAAGGGGGGUUGAGAAGAGCGAAAAAGAGAAAGAAAAAGAGGAAAAAAAAAUAAAGAGCCCGUAAGCCUCGGCUCCAGCCUGGAGAUCUGCUGGGCCAGCAGCUGCGCAGAACUCGUUGGAUAUUCCCCCCCCCCUCCAUCUCUGUGUAUUUUCAACUGCAAGAACUUCCACUCAGGAAAGAAAAAAAAAAUCACAGUACUAGCGAGCACCUCUGCCGAGGAGGAGCUGCUCUGAGCGAUCAUGUCUCCUGCCUCGGCUACUCGUAGCCUGUAGCUUGCCCCCGUUUAACGCACUGUGUGUGUCUGUGAAUCGCCUCCCCGCUUUUGGUGAUUUUCGUUUCAUGAUGUGUUGCUAGAAACCACUCAAGGACUACUCCAGCGGCAGGAAGAACCAGGGGUGGAUGAACAUACCGAUGAGAGAUCCAGUGAUCCCUGGGACAAGCAUGGCUUAUCAUCCCUUCUUACCUCACCGGGCUCCGGACUUUGCCAUGAGCGCUGUGCUGGGCCACCAGCCUCCGUUCUUCCCGGCUCUUGCUUUGCCUCCCAAUGGAGCUGCUGCUCUCUCCCUUCCCGGGGCUCUGGCCAAACCGAUUAUGGAUCAAUUAGUAGGAGCGACAGAGACUGGCAUCCCUUUUUCUUCCCUGGGUCACCAGGCGGCAGCUCAUCUGAGGCCUCUAAAAACUCUGGAGCCGGAGGAAGAGGUAGAAGAUGAUCCCAAAGUACAUCUGGAAGCCAAAGAACUUUGGGAGCAAUUCCACAAAAGAGGGACUGAGAUGGUGAUCACCAAAUCAGGAAGGAGAAUGUUUCCUCCAUUUAAAGUGAGAUGCACUGGGCUGGAUAAAAAGGCCAAGUACAUUUUGCUGAUGGAUAUUGUGGCGGCUGAUGAUUGUAGAUACAAAUUCCACAAUUCCCGGUGGAUGGUAGCAGGCAAGGCAGACCCUGAAAUGCCAAAGAGAAUGUACAUUCACCCGGACAGUCCGGCCACGGGGGAACAGUGGAUGUCCAAAGUCGUCACUUUCCACAAACUGAAACUGACUAACAAUAUUUCUGACAAACACGGAUUUACCAUUUUAAAUUCCAUGCACAAAUACCAGCCGCGGUUCCACAUCGUGCGAGCCAAUGACAUCCUCAAGCUCCCUUACAGCACGUUCAGGACCUACGUGUUCCCUGAAACCGAAUUCAUCGCUGUGACCGCAUACCAGAAUGAUAAGAUAACCCAAUUAAAAAUCGACAACAACCCAUUUGCCAAAGGUUUUCGUGACACUGGGAAUGGAAGGAGGGAGAAAAGAAAACAACUAACCCUGCAGUCCAUGCGCGUUUAUGACGAGAGGCAAAAGAAGGAAAAUGGCACCUCGGAUGAGUCUUCUAGCGAGCAAACUGCCUUUAAGUGUUUCGCCCAGUCCUCCUGCCCUGCUGUGCCUGCAGUUGGCACUUCCAACCUUAAAGAUCUGUGCCCCAGCGAGGGCGAGAGCGACGCCGAGAGCAAGGAGGAGCCGCUGGCCGAGGCGGGGGAGGCCGGCAGGAUCAGCACCACCAGCGAGCCCUUCGCGCCGCUCACGGUGCAGACGGACAGCGCCGCGCACCUCAGCCAGGGGCCCCUGCACAGCCUGGCCUUCCCGCCCGGCCUGGGCCAGCAGUUCUUCGCCCCGCUGGGCAACGGGCACCCGCUGCUGCUGCACCCCGGCCAGUUCGCCAUGGGCGGCGCCUUCUCGGGCAUGGCCGCGGGCAUGGGCCCGCUCCUGGCCACCGUGUCCGGGGCGUCGGCCGGUGUGAGCCGGGCACUGGGGGUUGCCUCCCCGGCUGCCUGGGGACGCUCUGGCGGGCUGGAGCCACUGACACUUCCCGUUUCCUCCUGUGCUUCGCAGGGCCUGGCCAUGUCUCCCUUCGGCAGCCUCUUCCCCUACCCCUACACCUACAUGGCCGCAGCGGCGGCCGCCUCCAGCGCGGCCAGCAGCUCGGUCCACCGGCACCCCUUCCUCAACGCCGUGCGGCCGCGCCUGCGGUACAGCCCCUACUCCAUCCCCGUGCCCCUGCCGGACAGCAGCAGCCUGCUCACCACGGCCGUGCCCACCCUGGCCAGCAGCGCGGCGGAGGGCAAAUCCAGCACCAUGGCAGCGAGCCCGGCCUCGGGGGCGUUGGACUCUGGCUCGGAACUCAACAGCAGGUCCUCCACGCUGUCCUCGGGCUCCGUGUCCCUAUCCCCCAAGCUGUGCUCGGAGAAGGAAGCCACCAGCGAACUGCAGAACAUCCAGCGCCUAGUGAGUGGACUUGAAUCCAAGCAAGACAGAUCCAGGAGUGGAUCUCCUUAAUACCGGCCCCCCCGCUACUCUAGGUGAGGGGCAGAGAGAGUGAGGAAAGAGGUGUGUGGGGGGGUCCCCUUGAUUAUCUCAUUUCAAAUCAGUCUUGCAGUGCACUUUGUUUGAAAGAAUGCCCCCCCACCCCCCACCCCAAACUCCGGCCAUCCCAGGCUCAUCAGCCAGCUUCUCCGGAGACGGGGCCAAGGGGGGUGGUUGGAGUCGGAUGAACUGUUUUGAAAGCUGCUAUCCAAGAUCGGCCUGGAUGCCACCAAGGCGGGAUGGGGCAGGUGGGGCCGGGCUGGUGGUGGUGGUGCGGUGGGGGGAAGGUGUUGCUGUUGAUUUCUUUCGUUUCCCUUCACUGUGUAAAAGAAAACAUACGAAUAAACACUAAAGUAAGACAAAUGAACUUUUUUUUUUCUCCUGAAGGAAAAAAAACACGUGUAUAAGUAACUUGCAUAUCAGUUCUUCAACACUUGUUUUCUUUUUUUCUUUUUUCUUUUUUUUUGGGGGGGGGGUAUAAACUGUAAUUCCUGUUUAGUCUGUCUUAAGGGGAAGCUGUGUCUUGGAAAUAUUCGUGUGAUGUCUGAAGCCACCUGUGGGCUUUUUGCAUGUUCCAUAGUAGUCUGCUUUUUUGAGAGGGGGGAAUUUAUUUUUUAUUUUAUUUUUGGGUGCUCGUUUCAAUUCCCAGGGACAAAAUACUACUACUAUUAAUUAAAAAAAAAACUUUGCCCCUUUUUGCCCCCCCCCAAUUACUCCCCUUGUAGCAACAACAAUAAAAAAUGUAGUUGGAAAGGAAAAACAAGAAUUUAUUUUAUCUAAAAACCUCUGUAGCUUGACUCUAGGUUAUCACAGCUUUUCCUGUUUUAUUGUAUAUGCAAUAACAAGGUUUAAACAUAAUAAUGAGAAGAAGAAAAAAAGCGGACACUAUUAUUAAAACAAAGUAUUUAUGUAAUUAUUUGAUAACUCUUGUAAAUAAGUGGAAUAUGAAUACUCAAAAUUAAACUUUAAUUUAUUGACAUUGUAUAUAUCUCUGUA